GAUUUUUUUUCCCGGGAAAGUUUUUUUUUUGAAAAAUUUGGAAUUUUCUGGAAACAUUUCCGUAUGGAACAUGUGUCUGUGAUUCAAGUUUGAAAAAGUUUUUGAAAAAAAAAAUGUUAAAAAAUAAUUUUUUUAAAUAUUUUAACCGUGAUCAGAUGUCUGUGAUUGGUAUGAUUCAUGUACGACCAUUACCAGGUACACCUUGUGCUUCAAGAAACCAUGGUCAUUGUUUUGAUAUUCAACAACUUAUCGAUCAUGCUUGUAAUGAUGCUCUGAUAUACAUUCGUAAUGGUAUCAAUGGUAUUUUAGUUGAAAAUAUGUUCGAUAUACCAUAUAUACAAUCAGAAGAUUCUGGUCCAGAAAUAACGGCUUGUAUGACAAGAAUAUGUACAGAAUUACGUCGUAUUAUUCCCCGGGAAAUUCCAUGUGGUAUACAAAUUCUAGCCGGUUUAAAUCAACAAGCAUUAGCUGUUGCACAAGCAUGUCAAUUUCAAUUUAUUCGUACGGAAGGAUUUAUAUUUAGCCAUGUGGCUGAUGAAGGAUUAAUGCCUAAAGCAUGUGCUGGUCCAUUAUUAAGAUAUCGUCGUCAAAUUGAUGCUGAACAAAUAUUAAUCCUUACUGAUAUUAAAAAGAAACAUUGUUCACAUUCAAUAACCGAUGAUUUAAACUUAGUAGAAAUGGCUAAAGCAGCUAAAUUUUUUCUAACCGAUGGUAUCAUCAUAACAGGUCGUGAAACAGGUGAUCCACCUUCGAUCGCCGAUAUUGAUCAAAUUAAUCAAUCAUUAUCGGUUGAUGAUGAUCAACCAAUAUUGAUUGGUUCCGGUGUAACGGAACAAAAUCUAUCCAGAUUUUUCGAUAAAAACAUAGCAGCCAUUAUUGUUGGAUCACAUUUUAAACAUAAUGGUAAAUGGUUUAAUCAAUUAUCGGAAGAACGAAUCAAAUGUUUUAUGUAUAAAUAUAAUCAACUUCAAAGAAAAUGAUAAAGAUUUUUUUGAAUUUG